AUGUUCGACACGAUCGGCGGCAGGCCGAACGUGUGCACGUGGCCCGCGUCGUCGAAGGAGCCGCUGCGCAUCAUGAAGUCCACCAUGAACGGGAAGACGCAGAAGAUCUCCAUGAAACCAACGUUUUUCCGCCUCGCCAUGACGGGCGGGUUCGCCUACGGCGCCUACUACUGCGUCGACAUCGCCGUCAAGGCCCUCAACCACGACAACAUCGUCUGGCACGGCUCGGACAACGGCGCGCCGCCGCCGACGGUCCAGGUCUUCAUGAAGGAGGAGGUGGACCAGGCGCCCGCGCUCAAGCGCAUCUGGCGCACGUCGACGCCCGGCGGCUUCGGGCGCCACAACACGAAGGUCUCCGAGGAGGGCCAGCAGCCGACGGAGGACGCGCCUCUCACGACGACGGCGACGAACGCGAUCCUGCCCAAGGCCGUGCCCCGCUGGCAGGAGGCCUGCGGCGCCUUCGACGUGUCCUUCGCCGUCGGCGACGGCGGGGCGCCGGAGUCGCUCCGCGCGGACGCGGGCGCGUUCCUGCGGCUCCGCGACGAGCUCUGGCUCGAGGUCGACAAGGGCCAGCUGCCCGGCGACGUCGAGCCGAAACUCCGCGAGGCCUCCGCGUCGCCGCGCGGCGCCGCGGCCGCGGCCGAGGUGCUCGAGGCCUGGCUCGGCGCGCUCUGCGCGCGCGACGCGAGCCGGAGCAGCGGCGCGCUGCGGGCCUUCGCCGACGACGGCGGCGACGGCGGCGCGGGCGGCGGCGCGGCGCGGUUCCUGCUCCUCGGCGUCGACGCGGCCGCGGUCCGCGUGCCGCGGCGGUCCAAGGUCAGCGGCGUCGCCUGGCUCGAGGCCGGCGAGGCGGCCCAGUGGCAGUGGAGCCUGAAGACCGGCGGCCCCAAGCACCAGGACGUGCGCUUCUCCGCGCGGUUCCUCGCGGGCGGCGAGCGGGGCCUGAUGGCGCGCGGCUUCGCGUUCGGCGCGCACGACGACGCGCGCUUCGCGCCGGGCGCCGUCGUCGUCGAGGCCGACCGCUUCGCCUGCUGCGACGACGACGACGCCGAGUGCGUCGGGUCCUUCGCCGCGCCCGAGGACGGCUGGCUCGCGCUCGCGCUCGUCUUCGAGAACGACGCGCGGCUCAAGCCCCGGGAGCUCUGGGCGCGCGUGGGCACCUGCGACGGCGCCGCGGCGGCGGCGGCGGCGGUGGCCGCCGCGGAGAGCGCCGCGCGGCGGCCGCGGCCCCGGGGCGACGACGCGGGGUCGCUCGGCGACCGCCUCGCGGGUUGCGCCGAGGGCGCGACGCUCGUGCGCGUCGCCGUCGCGUCCGACGACGAGCUGCCCCCGCCCGCGAAGCGCACGUCCGUGACGGGCCUGCACGUGCGCGACAAGCUCAAGGCGGCGCUGGGCAAGGACGACGAGCCGGCCGACGGCGGGCCGACGCGCGCCGCGGCGCUCGCGAGGAUCGGCGAGCUCGAGGCCCAGCUCGCGGACUGCGCGGCCCGCGCCGACGCGGCGCUCGCCGCCGCCGUCACGGAGCGGGAGCGGCGCGAGACCGAGGCGCGGUCCCACGCACACGAGCGCGCGGCGCUCGAGGGCGCCGCGGCGGAGUCCGAGGACCGCGCCGCGCGCGCGGCCCUCGCGGACGAGCGGCGCGUCCUCGUCGCCGAGUUCCGCCGCCUCAAGGCCGCGAGCGACGAGCGCGUCGCCGUCGCCAAGGCCGACGCCGACGAGGCGCGCAUGGUCCAGCGCCAGCUCGCCGCGCACGCGAAGCGCCUCAAGGACGAGCGCAAGGCGCUCGCGCGCCAGCUCCAGGAGACGCUCGCGGCCGCGCCCCGGAGGCCGCCGCCGGCGCCCGAGGAGCCGCCGCCGGCGCCGGCGCCGGCGCCCGAGCCGGAGCCGGAGCCCGCGCCGGAGCCCGAGCCCGAGCCCGAGCCCGCGGCGGCCGCGGCCGCGGCCGCGCCCGAGGAGGACGCCGCCGCGAAGCGCGCGGCCCUCGCCGCGAAGCUCGAGGGCUGCCGCGCGCGCCAGGGCGCCCUCGACGAGGUCCUCAAAACCCAGGACGACGACCGCAUGCGCGCGCUGAAGCGGAAGCUCGACGCCGCGGUGCGCAAGCUCGAGGUCCAGCUCGCGCGGCUCGACGAGGCGGCGGCGGGCGACGACAGCCCGAGGACGUCCAUCGCCGGCGCCGACGGGACGACCCUGCUCUAA